GGAGAGUUUAUGUCUGGAACCAACCAGGAGGCAGCAGCCGGUAAUAGACUCUGGCUACCAGCCUCCAGGAGAAAAAUAGGGUCUCGUUCAGUCUCUGAAGACUUAAACAAUGGCGAAAGACAAGAAAAAGAAGGAGAAGAAGGAGAAGAAGGGGAAGAGGAAACAGCCCAUGGGACAUAUGUCCAAAGAGCCUCGAAUUUAUUUCCCAGAAGCUCUGCUAGCAUAUCAAAUUCAGAUAAAAGAAGAGCUCAUCGAUGACCUUCUUUUUGAAAUAAAAAACUUGGAAGCACAGAAUGACCGAAACAAAGAAAGGAAUCAGCAGCUGAAGAACGAACAGGCUUCGCACAUCCGAGCACUCCUAGCUGCCCUGAAGGAGCAAGAAGAGGCUUUGGCGAAAGUUGAAGUUGUUACUAGAGAUGAUGUGGAAAUAGCGAUGAAGGAGAAGUGGCAGUAUGUCAAGGAUCAGGAAAAGCUUAUUAAAGACAUGCGCUGCCAGAUACAUUACCUCGAACAAAAACUCGUGGCAAAGCAAGCCGAAGUGGAUUACUGGCUGGCGUACAAAAACGUUGGCAGUGCCGAGCACGCCAAGCAGAUUGAGUGCCUGGAACAGGACAUCCAGAAGCUGAAGGAAGAGCUUGAGGAAAUGGCUGAGUUUUUUAGGAUUUCCCUGGAAGAGAUGAAGGAAAGAACCGACAGAUACAUGCUGAAGCAAAUGGAGCUGAAGAAAGAAUGGGCCCUUGAGAAUGCUGUUAAGCACAUCGACAAGACCAGCUGCCGGGAGAUUAAAGAAUACGAGUGGCUAAAGGAGGAGGUAGAAGGGUACAAAAAGGAAGUGAGCGAAUUGGAAGACUCGGUCCACGAACUGGAGAGGGAGAACAUCUACCUCAUCAACAAACUCUUCGAGCGCAGGCUGCAGUUCCUUAAAGUACCCAGAAAGCUAUUUCUUACCCAGGGAGCUGGCCUGCAGGUGCUUGAUGACCAGCAAUGUCGUGGCCUUUCUGAAGUGCCAGCUGAAAAGGCAUCAUUAAUAUCAGAAAUCGUUAUCAACGUGGAUCAGACAGACAGGCAGGAGACAGCAGAAAAUCUGCUACAUGAGAGUUUUGAAGUGAUUCAACUGCAAACAGAUUCUGUUGGUCAAUUUCUCCCCCCUAUCCUGUACGAAGACUCAAAUGAUUUCAAGGAGUACAAGGAUCUGGGGCCCCUGGCAGUGAAAUUGAUGACUACGGUGGGCCAGACUAUGCCAGUUCACGAGGAUGCCCGGGAAAUGCCAAGCAGAACAAAGCUUGAAGAAAAAUAUGACAUCAGCCGGUCUCAGCAUCGCAUCACCUACCAGAUGAUCAAAUCCAUUUUUCAUUGAGAGUGAGGAAGGUAAAGGCUACUGCUUUUCUUUUAAAAAAAAUAGGCUUCCGAUUGUUGAAACUCCCCCACCCUUUGUAUGACACUUAACUGUUGACUUGCAUAGCAAAGAUGUUAAUAUUGGCUACAUUUACAAGGGUAUGUAGAUUGCGUAUAUUGUAUUCCCAUUCCUCCUAUGCACCAAAUACAGGAUCUGAAUUACUAUUGCAAGUGGCUCUGGUUUGAUUUUUGCCCUCCGUGAACCUCUGUGGUCAUUUCAUGAAAUCUUCAUACUGUUCGAUUGGAGAAAAAUCCUCAGUGCUCAUGGACCCACUAGUCUCACAAGACAUGGCACCAACUUACAUUUGCCAGUGUUUUCAGGGCCAUCGAAGACCUUCACACGUUCUCAGUUCUUCUUACAACCAACCUGCAGGAUAGUGGCUUGUUUAAAACCGCCUUGGGAGUUUGUAGAAAGGGGCAGGAUCCAAUCAAAUGUACAUUUAUAUUUUUUUGUUUUGACAAGUUUUCCCAGCUGGAUGUGUGCGUCUCUGUCAUAUGUACCUAAUUUGCAUUACUGUAUUUUAAAACUCAAGUUCUUUGUGUUGCUUUGCAACAUCUUCAGCAUUUUGUACAUCACCUUGGGGUGUUAAGAUUAAAUGAAACAAUGCCUCCAAGAGUGGAGGGAGAACACA